GAGGUCCCGGCAAUCGCACUGUGAGAUGAUGCGUGUGUAAUUACUGCGCUUGCUCAUCCUCUUACGGGUCUAAGACUCCUCGCUGAGCAGGCCUGCGGCCACUUGGCCGCACAGCUUCCCUCACAGCGAUGCCACCCGCCUCAGUGCCUCUAUUGUCCCACCCGCCGCCUUUUUAGAUUAACAAAAUGUUUGGGACUGUGGUGGUUGGAGUUGGAAUUGCUGGCUUAGCACGGAUCCGAGACCUGAUGAAUCCAAUGCCUUCUAGCCCUUCUGAGCACCUGAAACUCUUGGGAUUUGUAUCCAGGAGAAGUUUUGGCAAUAUUAAUGAGGCCAAGCAGAUUAGCCUGGAAGAUGCUCUAAGAAGCAAAGAGAUACAGGCAGCCUUCAUCAGCACAGAGAACAGGAGCCAUGAAGAAACCAUCAGAAUGUUUUUAGAAGCUGGGAAACAUGUCCUCGUUGAGUACCCCAUGGCUUUGUCUGCUAAGGCGGCCCAUGAGCUCUGGGAGAUGGCUGAGAAGAAAGAUAAAGUCCUCCAUGUGGAGCACAUUGAACUUCUGACUGAAGAGUACAAGCAGCUGAAAAAAGAAGUGGCUGGGAAAGACCUGGUGAAGGGAACGUUGCAUUUCACAGGUAGCGUCCUCGAUGAAAACAAAACAGGAUUUCCAGCUUUCAGUGGAAUUGCCCGACUGACUUGGCUGAUUGACCUCUUUGGAGAUUUCACUGUUACCUCUGCCACCAGAGAAUUGCAGAAGGAUAAGAAUUAUUCCAGAAUGACUGUUCAUUUUCAGACGGCAAACAAGAAACCUCUGACUUGGAUUGAAGAAAGGGGACCAGGGAUGAGACGUGAAAAGAAAAUCAACUUCUGUUUCACAAGUGGUUGCCUGGAGAACUUCCCUCAAGCUCCGAGGUCUGCUGUGGGCCUUUUCAUGCAGGAUCAGAACCUCUUUGCUAAAAAACUGCUGGGCCAGGUAUCCAAGGAGGAGCUGGCUGCUGAGAAGUGGCGAAUUUUGAGGUGUCUUGACCUAGCUGAGGUGAUCCAGCAGCACUGUGAACAGCCAGAGAAAAUCUGUUCCUGAGACUGCUCUUAGGGAAGGAGGGACGCAGCAGAUGGGAAAGCUGUAGGGCUAGAGCUCACUGUUGCCAUCAAGCAGUUGCUAUUUCUGUUUCCUUACCUUCUUUGUGACUAGUUGUGACUCCUAGGCUCUCUGGGUGGGCUGGAGAGCCUGGGCUAUACCCUGUGCCUUCUGGUGUGUGCCAGAACAAAGCGACAUUACCCUGCUCCAGUGCAUUGCUGACCUUCCGGGCAGAUAGGAACCUAGCAGCAACAAGCUUUCCUGUGGUUGCCUCCACUCGAUUCACUUGGAAAUGUCCCUGAGAGCACAUCCUGGAGGACUGCAAAUACUAGACAUGAUUUUACCUCCUGAGGGUUUUUUUUCCCCCCACUCUAUUCAGAUACGUCUGAAAAUGGGAUGUGUCUCAUUUAGUACUAUUCAUUAGAAGUAUUAGCUAGAAUGAAGUUCUUAGUGAGUUUUCCACCUCUUUACUUCAUCUGCAGACCUUGUGCCACCACAGUCCUGACCUUUUCUUCCAGACGCCCUGAAUUGUUCUGUGUGUUUGCUCUAAUUAGUAGUUGUGCCUGUUUGUUGUUGUUUUGGUUUUUGGUUGGUUGCUUUUUUUUUUUUUUUUUUCCACAUUGGAAAUCAUCUGCCUUCAAACAGAAUCUACAUUGGUAUCAAACCAGAAGAGAAGAAAUAUCUUGUCUCUUGGUAGAUGCCAUGUUGAGUUCACUCACUUAAUUUCUCUGGUGUCCUGUGCCAACAUAGAAAUCUUUUUUCCAGCAGAGAUUAGAGUAGUAACUAACACGUGGCCUGCCUGCUUUCUACUGAAUCUAAAUGUUUUUCUUUUUCUUUUUUUUUUUUUUUGUACUGGAAGCAGCAUGUUAUUGUCCUUCAUUUGUGUUCUGUAUCUAAUUCAGCAUGUGAAUGGAUCACUGCUAAAAAUAAUAUACAUCAUGACUUUAAGAAAAAAAAAACCCACCUAACGCGCUCCUGGAAACAGUGAAAUUCAUUUGAAAUAGUGAUAAAAUUAGAAUAGAACUGUGGAAAAUGGAGCAAUUUGCAAAUACAGCCAUGCGGUUACGGCGUAUGACACCUGUGGGGAUGGGUCUUUAGCAUUUUAUGGUAGUCCCACGGUCAUGUAUGAACGCAUUAUCACUUCCCUAAAGAAACAUUUUAGUUUGUAGGAAAAGCCUAAACAGUGCACAAAACUAUGAGCAGUUCCUCUCUUUGCCUUUUACUUUUGAAUUACAGCAUCUGCCGGUGCUAUGUUAAUAUAGCAGCAAACUUCAGUCUGCACAGUUGUUCUUUUAAGCACAGAACCAUCAUUUCUUUUUUACGUUAUCACUUGAGCAAUUUUCAACGAGGGAGCAUAAAUGUUGUGAACGUGUACGUAAUUACAGCCAGUCAAUAUUGAUGGAGAAAGUCUUCCUUUAGGUAAAUCAUGUUCAUUCAGAAGUUGGAUACAGUUCAGUUAGUUUGAAAUAGGGAAGGAAAGGCUGUGUAUUUUUUCCCAAAUCAGUCACAUUUUAGAAGCAACUGGAUCUUGAUGGAUUCUGCAUGCGAUUUUUUUUUUUUUUUUUUUUUAAUUUACUCUAUUUGUUAAAAUCGGCGAAAAGCCUCCUAUUGACUUCAAUGGAUUGAAACUCAUGUGUGUUGCCAGCAGAUUUGUGUGGGCAGAUCGUGCGCUCGUCCACCCAAAUGGACGCCUUACUGAGCAUUUGCAGGGACUUCUUUACCAAGGUGGUGGACGUUGCCUGAGCAGAUCGGAUGCUGUAUGAGGGGAAAAAGUGGGUUUGUGGCAAAAUGCAAAAAGUCUGUCUGGGAUCGAAAUGAAAUUAAAAUCUCUGUAUAUCUAUCCGCUAUGUAUGGCACCACACAAGAGGUCCUGUUACUUGACAAACUCCUCAGCUGUGAAUAUGGGGUGAAUACCACUUGUUUACAUGCUAAUUUACAACGGGUAACUGGGGAGGGAGGGCAAAGGGAAGGGAGAUUCACACUCCCCAUUUAUAGGCAUCAAAAUUAGCCACCACGUCACCCUGGGCACAUGCUGCAGUUGCUGGUGAGAGCAGCAUUCCUCUAAGAAAAGGGGAUUAAAUUCAUGGGAGCUCUGUAGAGCAGCAGUAUAACAUCGUGCAGUGAAUCACCCUCUGGAGAAGCUUGUUUCUAUAGAGAGCGCCUGGGGAAAUUAGCUGGUUAAUUUGAGCUACGGAAGGCAGAUGCCUAAAGCUGGAUAUCCCGCGCUAUCCUCCGUCCCCCUCCCAUUCCUCCCAGCUAACCUGCUUUCCUACUCCUGUCUGCCCUGCUGCUGGGAGCCUGCAGCGUUCAAAUGGCUUUUCAUUCAGCCCUGUAAAUUUGCUGAGGUACCGCAAUGGUUUGUAUAUGAGAGCUACUGGAUGUCAAGCUUUAAACGUACGUAUUGUUUAACCAGAUAUCGAACUCGCCAAUAAAAUAUUGGAGCUCUUA